AUGUCAACAGAAGACCUCGGUGACCAAAUUUCGCAAGUGAUAGAAGAAUAUCAAGCGGGUUACACCGAUGAAUACGUGUUGGCUGCAGCAUCUGUCAUCCUCAUUUUCGACCAUCUCCUAACAUUCGGCCGAGAGGUCAAUUUCUUCUGGAACCGGCGCGUGUCCGGCCCAACAGUACUAUUCAUCUUGAAUCGCUACCUUGCCCUUAUUCUCCGGAUUUUUUCGUCCCUUAGUUUGCGCCCAUUUACUAACCAGGUCUCGACACUCACUUUCCCGUGCUUUCAAGACGUCAGUUUAAUGUAUGAUGUUCUUAACUUCAUUGAGCUCAAGUACGUGUACAACAGCUGCACCACACUGGACAACACCAUUUCGGUCUUGGAAUUCAUACAGCCCAUUCCUCCUGCAGCAUUCUCCGCGAUGCGCGCAUUAGCGCUGAGUCAAAGUCGCCCACUUGCAGUGCUGGUGCUGGUAUUUUCCAUUGUGAAUGUGGGCUUCGACUUUGGUGUUCCUCAAUAUCAUAGGCAGAGUUUCAGUGAUCCGACUUGGGGCUGCCUCGUGGUGUUCCUUUCAAUCCCUACGCCGGUCCUGAUAACCGACUGGUUCUCCACGAACGUUAAACGACAUCAUGCUACGCAACGGAGCCAUGUAUUUCGUUGUUUUUCUCAUUAUCAACACUCUCCGCAUGGCAACCACUUUGAGAGGGUAACCCCUGGUCAAGACUCCUUGAUUAGUGCAUUCAACGAUCCUAUUACUACGAUCCUCGUCUCGCGAUUUCUGCUUGACCUACAGGAGGCUCAUCAGCGGACAGUCAAGCUCGGCACAGAUGACCCACUCCACUCGUCUGCCUCCGAAUUCCAGGUCGGCAUCGGAUCCCUGCAAUUCGCGGUUGACGCCAUGGGAUCCAUCGGGGCGGAUCUCCGGAGCUUGGACGAAACCCACACCUCACGGGUAGAAGACAACUACGAACCUGACAGAGUACUCAGGACGGAGGACGCAGAAAACGCAGAGUAG